AAGAUGCUCCGCGCAGUUAGCACUUCGUUCGGGACUGCUCGUGCCGCUUCGGCAGUCGCCAAGAAAAAUAUGCCAAAUAUUGUACUUGUCGAUGCAGUUCGUACUCCAUUUGUCGUUUCUGGAACUGUUUUCAAGGAUUUAAUGGCUGUUGACUUACAGAAAGAAGCUAUCAAGGCACUAGUGGAGAAGACAAAGCUGCCAUAUGAACAACUCGAUCACAUUAUUUGUGGAACAGUUAUUCAAGAAUGCAAGACCAGUAACAUUGCUAGAGAAGCUGCUCUUCUCGCUGGUGUUCCAGAUAAGAUCCCAGCUCACACUGUCACUCUUGCAUGCAUCUCAUCAAAUGUCGCAAUGACCACUGGAAUGGGAAUGCUCGCCACUGGAAAUGCAAAUGCAAUCAUCGCCGGAGGAGUCGAAUUGUUGUCUGAUGUGCCAAUUCGUUACAAUCGAAACGCCAGAAAGGCUAUGUUGGGAAUGAAUAAAGCAAAAGAUGUUCCAUCGAAGUUGAAGAUUGGAGGACAAAUUGUCAAAAAUUUGCUUUCUCCUGAACUGCCAGCGGUCGCUGAGUUCUCAACUGGUGAGACAAUGGGACACAGUGGAGACAGACUUGCUGCCGCGUUCAAUGUUUCUAGAAGAGAACAAGACGAAUUCGCAAUCCGCUCCCACACUCUUGCUUCGGAAGCAGCUAAGAAUGGAAAAUUCACUGAUGUUGUUCCAGUAUUCUUAGACGGAAAAAAGCCAAAGACAAUCAAAGAGGACAACGGAAUUCGUGUAUCCACUCUUGAGAAGCUGUCAUCUCUGAAACCAGCAUUUGUGAAGCCACACGGAACUGUGACUGCUGCCAACGCAUCUUACUUGACCGAUGGUGCUUCUGCUGCUCUUAUCAUGACUGAGGAGUAUGCUCUUGCCAACGGAUACAAGCCAAAAGCCUACUUGAGAGACUAUUUGUAUGUUGCACAGGAUCCAAAAGAUCAGCUCCUGCUCUCUCCAGCCUACGUCAUUCCAAAGCUUCUGGACAAGGCAGGACUCACUCUUAAGGAUGUUGAUGUAUUUGAGAUUCACGAAGCUUUUGCCGGACAAGUCCUUGCCAAUUUGAACGCGAUGGACAGUGAUUACUUCUGCAAAGAGCAGAUGAAACGAUCUGGUAAAUUCGGAAGAGUUCCAAUGGACAAGCUCAACCUGUGGGGAGGAUCUUUGUCAAUCGGACAUCCAUUCGGAGCCACUGGUGUGAGACUUGCAACUCAUUCAGCUCACAGACUGAAGGAAGAGAAGGGACAGUACGCUGUAAUUGCAGCCUGUGCUGCUGGAGGUCACGGAGUUGGAAUGCUCAUUGAGGCUUAUGGAAAGUAAACUCGAGGUUACUUUAAACCCACUUUUCUGUAUGAUAAAUUAGUGAUUGUCCCAACUAUUUAUUCUUCCCAUUUCUGCCAUUUUCCCGUAUUUCUCUUUUUAAAUGUUUAUGUGUAUAGAUUGUAGCGGUUGUCGUGCCUUUUCGUCUCCUCGUAAUUCUACUGGUCAUUUCUGAACACUUUCUUUUUCCUUUUCGAUAUUCUGUCAAAUAUCACCAUCAUUGCCAUCACCAAAAAGGAAGUGGUACUAACUUUACUGAAUAGUUAAAAGUUUAUAAAAUAUUUU